UCCAAAUCUUUGUGACCAGCUGACACCAACAACUGCACUACACUUUCUCCAACUCCCUCCUCUCUCUCUCUCUCUCUCUCUCUCUCUUGCACACUUAUCUCUGGGUGAAGCUCCUGCUCCAGUGACUGUAGCUCCGGUCUGUCACCUGCUCUCCUGUCACAGCAUGCAGCUCCUGGUGGUCUUAGCAGCUCUCAUGGGGGUUCUGUGCAGCGUGAGGGCAGCGGCCGUGCUUCCUGUGGACGAUAGGAUCCCCAUCCAUGUGAACAGGGAGCUGAGCAAAGAGCGCAAAGAGCUGAUCCUGAAGCUGGUGUCAGGCUUGUUGGACGGAGCUCUGGACACCAACAUGCUGCCGGGGGAGGUGUCCCCCGUGGAUCUGGAGGAGCCACUGGAGUCACGUCUGGAGGAGAGGGCUGUCUACAACCGGUUAUCACUGCCCCAGCGUGACCGCAAAGCCCCAUGUAAAAAUUUCUUCUGGAAAACGUUCACCUCCUGCUAACAGAGCCCAAAAAUGAAAUAAAAAACAACCGGACCUGCCUGUCGAUUAUGCCUCCCCUCCCGGCUCCUCAU